AUGAGCGCCACCAGCACCGCUGCUUUGACAGGGACUGGCACGGGCGUUAUCCCUGCACCUGUGGGUGUGACGCCGGACUUAGACAGUCCUGAGAAGCACUAUUAUACUGCCAAUCUGGUUGUGGUUACUGUUGGUGUAACAAUUAGUGCGUUAGGUCUCCUGGUGAGACUAUAUACGCGGGUGGUUAUUGUGCGGAAGUGGCUGCUCGAUGAUGGGGGCUACACCAACGCCGGCCUAGGCGUCCACGAAUGGGACCUCACCCCUGCCGUAUACAACCGAACCAUCCGAGUCCUCCUCCUCGGCGCAAUAAUGUAUAUUCCCGCCCUCGGUUUAUCCAAAAUUUCCCUCAUUAUUCUCUACUACCGGCUCUCCGAUAUGCAACAGAAAUGGCGCAUAACCCUAUGGGGCACGACCGCCUUUGUCAUCGCCUACAUGAUUGUCCUCGAGUGUUUAUUUCUGUUUACUUGCGAGCCGGUACAUAAAGCCUGGUACCCUGACAUAGAUGGACACUGUUGGAGUAAAGCCCCAAUCUUCAUGGCGGGCGUGGUGGCAAUUACGAGCACAUUGCGACUGGCGGCUACGGUGCCGAUGUUGACGCAGGAAGACCAGACAUAUUUGUUGGGUGCGGUGGCUCUUUGGAUUAAUGUCGAGGCAAGUCUAGUCAUCGUCACAGCUUGUGUACCGUCGUUCCGACAAGUCUUGAGGUUCCAUGCGUCCGGAUGGCGGAGUGAUGUUGGCGGAAGGCUUGAUAGGAUGUCCAGCACUUGCAAUCUUCGCAGUGUGCAGCGGAGACAGGAAGGAUUCACGAAUUUGAGCUUUGAUUUGGAGAUGGAUCAAACUGACUCGCGUGGACAUGAUUCGGCUGGGGCACGGACCUAG